AUGCCUCUUCGUCUCCAGAUGACGAAAAUGGUCUCGUCGAUUCUGAACAAGCCUUGCUCGUGGUUUCUGCCGCUGGAGGCACAAGAUGCGGUCUUGGACGUCUAUGCGGAGCCAGGCGAUUGCCUUUACAGGAUUCGUCGUGGUGUCGGACAUCACGCACGGGUGGUGUACGUUGAAGUAUUUUCCACAGAAUUUAUCCCCGAAGACGAGCGUACCGAUGGCUAUUUCAUCUUAAAAAGACUCGCUUGUCUUGAUGAAUGGCGUCAUCAGUGGAAGACACUUGUGGUUGCAACAACCGAGUCUGGUCUGCGCGUAAAGGCCGAUGCCUUCCAGCCGCACUGCGUCUCUCCCGACUAUGUGUACGACGACUAUCCCAAAUUCGACAUUCUGAAACUCAAGUGCGACCAUAACCUGAAAGUCCGGACCUGGCGGUGCGAACACCGAGGCUCGGUCACUUAUGUCAAGCUGGCCAGGUUCGACUUUGAAGUCGCGGCUCUCGAGCAAGAGAUCAAGACAUACCACCUGCUGCGCGGCUCCUCCCUGGCCCCUGCCAUGAUCGGCUACGUCUACGAGGACACGUGCGAUCGCGUGGUCGGUUUCAUCACCGAGCAAGCCGUCGGACCCUACCCCGAGGUGGCCGACCACGCGGCGUGCGCGGCGGCCCUGCACGAGCUACACGAGAAGGGGAUUGCGCACGGCGAUCUGAACAAGUACAACAUCAUCAUGACCAGCAACGGGCCCAAGUUUAUUGACUUUGAAGCAUCCAACGUUCGUGGCGAGGCGGCCGACUGGGAGCAGCUCGCGCAGAAAGAAACGCAGGAGUUCUAUGGACGGCUAUCUGAUGAAUCUGGUCUCGGGGCACCGUGGCGACUUGUUCAAAGAGACAAUGACGAGUGA